AUGGAAGAAGAAGAGGAGUUGAACGUGCAGCAGGACGACGAGUCGCUUCCACCGUCCAAAUACCAGGUGCCCCGGUCGUGUCUGCACUGCCAUAAGCGCAAGGUCCGCUGCAACAAGGCCAGCCCGUGCUCCAACUGUGUGCGGCUGCGGGUGCCCUGUCGGUAUCCUGGGCCGGUGCAGGGCAAGAGGAGGGCAGGGAAGACGUCCAUAUCCGAUGUGUCGGAGCGUUUGGCGCGGCUGGAGCGGACGUUGACGGCGCUCUCGUUGCCCGGCGGUGCCCGCGAGGCCGCGGCGAUAGUGUCGCGCGACCGGGGGAUUGGAUCAUCGAACACGGAGUCAGAGUCUAGCCAGUCGCCAAGUGAAGGCAUCUUGAUCCCAGGCGGGUCAUCGACGCCGUAUAUCAAUGACCUAUUGAUGUCGCAGGUCCUUGAAAAGGAACGAGAACUACAAUCGGCCUUCCGCAGUCAAACAGACCUCUCCCAUCAUUCCGCCACGCGAGCGACCAUUUUCGGGCAUGGCUUGAUCUUCCAGCCGCAUCGACCGGCGGCGUCGGUCUUGGAUCUGUAUCCGACUCGCUGGGAAGCGACGCAGCUGUGGCAGGUUUAUACCAACAACGUCAGCCCCGUUGUGCGAAUACUGCACAUCCCUAGCAUGCAGAGUGUCGUCUUUGGUGCCAUCAGCAACACGAAAGACAUCCCCCACGAUCUGGCGGCGCUGCUGUUUUCCAUCUACUUUUCCGCGGUGACCAGCCUUUCACCCGAAGAGGUGGCCACCUUACUCAAGAUGGACAGGGUCUCUGCUCUGCUCAGGUAUCGGGAGGGGCUGGAGACAGCUUUGUGCCAUGCGUCGUUUCUGGAGACGCCAACCCUUCCUGCACUGCAAGCGAUAGUACUAUAUGUUACUUGUCUACGUGCGCAUCACAACGGCCGGUCUGCCUGGGCGCUGAAUGGCCUGCUCAUUCGGACCGCGCAGUCGAUGGGUCUGCACCGUGACGGGAAACAAUUCAACCUUACUCCGCUCGAUGCCGAGAUCCGACGGCGACUAUGGUGGCAGAUCGUUGGCUGUGACAGUCGGGCAGCUGAAGAUCACGGGCUCUACCUAGACAGCGGGUUUGAGAUGUACGCCGCGGACACGCAGAUGCCGGCGAAUAUCGAUGACAGCGACCUUUCGGCUUCGACCACCGUGCUGCCGCCAGACAAGCCGCACUGGACGGAGACGUCGAUCUCGCUGAUGACCUGCGCGAUGAGUAAGAUGUUGCGAGAAGUGACUCGCCCGCCUGGGGAACGCACCCAGUCGGCUCCACAAGUUUUGCGUGAUUUCAAAACCCGCCUGUACGAUGUCUAUCUCUACAAGUGCGAUAUGAACGUGCCGAUUCAGCGCGCGAGCGUGUUGCUCGGGAAUCUGUUGAUCCUCAAGGUCGAGUUCAUGGUGUAUCAGCAGGCUCUGAGCCGUGAUACGGCUGAGAACCACCCGUCGUCCGAGGCCGCCGAGCAGGCCCUGUUGGCGGCCGUGGGCUGUCUCGAGGCACACUCCAAGCUCGUCCUCGACGACCUCUGCCGCAGCUUUCUCUGGCUGCUCACCACGUAUAUCCCUUACUACGUUCUGACAUACAUCCUGUGGCAUCUGUGCGUGCACCCGGGCUGUGCGAAUCUUGAGCGGGCGUGGACGGCAGUCGAUAUUUCCUUCUACCAGAUCGAACACCUUACGUCGACCCCCAUGCCUGGCCCUAAAUGGGCGAUCCUGCGCCAUUUGAAGGACAAGGCAAACCAGCUGCGGCGACAAGCAGAAAACAAACCGUGCGGCGAUGCUGCCCAGGUACUGCCGGAUCGAGGGGCCCCCCGAGAUGGAAUCCCCGAAGAUUCCCUCGACCCGCUUCACUGGGAUAUAGAUCCUAUGCUGUUCACGGAUUGGAGUGAUUUUGCGCAAACAUUUAACAUGCAAUAUUUUGACACACAUAUCUGA